AAGAUGGGCCCGGACAAGCUGGCGGCCAAAUCCUCCAAAAAUGUCGCGAGUACCAGGUCCCGACGCACCACCUGUUCAUCGAUUUCAAAGCCGCGUACGACUCGGUCGAUCGCGAAGAGCUAUGGAAGAUCAUGUACGAGAACGGCUUUCCCGGGAAGCUGAUCAGACUGGUGAAAUCGACGAUGGACGGGGCACGGUGCAGCGUGAAGAUUUCGGGAGCGAUGUCCGACCCGAUCGAAUCGCGCAAGGGACUGCGACAAGGCGACGGCCUCUGUUUCAACAUUGGGCUUGAAGGUGUGAUGAGGCGGGCGGGCUUCAACAUGCGGGGCACGAUCAUCAACCGGUCCAACCAGUUCAUCUGCUAUGCCGACGACAUGGACAUUGUCGGCAGAACGUUCGAGGAUGUGGCCAGGCGGUACACCGAAUUGAAGCGGGAAGCGGAUAAGGUUGGAUUUAAGGUGAAUGUAGCGAAGACGAAGUAUCUGCUGGCAGGAGGAACCGAGUCCCUUAGGACUCGCAUAGGACCGAGCGUGACGAUCGACGGCGUAACUCGGAUCGUUGGUUACGUCGGACAACAACUGCAGCAGAGAAAUUCGGAGGCGCAUCAUCACCGGUAGUCGUGCCUACUACGGACUCCACAAGACUUUACGGUCUGGUCACCUUUCCCGGCGUACAAAGUGUACCAUGUACGACCCGUCAUCCUCUGCGGGCACGAGACGUGGACGAUGCUCGAGGAGGACCUGCAAGCACUUGAAGUUUUCGAGCGACGAGUGCUUAAGAUUGUUCAUCUACACGUCUUUCAAGUGACCCAAACUAAAAAUGAAUGAAAUUUUAUUACAAUUUGGAGAAAAACGAAUAUUAAUGUCGGAGAUCACGAUGGCUCUUACGGCUUUUUGAAAACUCACCCGAGAUAUAUACUAUAUAUGUAUACUAAGACGAUUCGAAUUUAAUUCCGAUUGAGUUGAUUGCUAGGUUGACUGGGUAGUACAGCGUAAAAGAGCAUCUUUUAUUACGUAACGCAGUUGGUGGUGUGGGGGGUUCGAGCGAGUUAUAUAUAUAUACGAUAUAUAUUAUUUUUUGAUCAAAUUUUCGUACAAAUCAACAACAAUUACAAGCUUGAUAGUCAAACUAAACUUAAAAGCUAGUUUUGUCAUUUGUUUUUUUCAAAACCGAAACAAACUUGGAAACGAAAGUGCCAAAAAUAUUCGUAAUUACCUACUACCUUGGUGGCGCUUUGUAUUAGUAUGUGUGUGGUCGAUGUUUGCGGACGUGCACGCAGAACACAGAACAGUUAGAACUAGCGAAAAUGCCUCACAUUCGUUCUUUUAUUACGUAACGCAGUUGGUGGUGUGGGUUAAGUAUUUUUUUGAAAUUUGUAUGGACAUUUUAAACGAAGGGCAGGGGGUCAAAAAUCCAAAUUUUAGCAUUACGUAAUAAAAGAAGUGUACAUAAAUGAGCAGACAUUCGUUGGUUGGUUUCCAGCCGAGUUCUAAAACAGUUUCCAUUUUCUUAUAGAAUACCAACAGAAAUGUAGCGACAUUCUAGCAGGAUUCUUACAGAACCAGCUCUGCUAAAAUAUUUCGUGACAGGGCAACGUUAUUGCUUCACCGAGUAACAGCAUUAAACUUUUUCUAGUUCAACUAUGAUUACACAAAAGUGUGUAAUCCUAAUCGAAGAUACUGCCCAGUCAACUCAAUCGGAAUUCUGAAACGGAAUUAAGUUCGGUUGUUGCGUUUGAAACGGAAUUCUUAAACGAUUCGAAAUGAAUUCCGUUUCAAAAUUCCGAUUGAGUUGACUGGGUAUAAAUAACAUUUUGAACAGUCUAACUAACCACAUCGGUGUUAUUAAUUUGGCGAAAUAUCUCCCCUUCUACAAUGGACGUUUCAUAACUAAUCAACUGCAGCAGAGAAAUUCGGAGGCGCAUCAUCACCGGUAGUCGUGCCUACUACGGACUCCACAAGACUUUACGGUCUGGUCACCUUUCCCGGCGUACAAAGUGUACCAUGUACGAAACGCUGAUAAGACCCGUCGUCCUCUACGGGCACGAGACGUGGACGAUGCUCGAGGAGGACCUGCAAGCACUUGAAGUUUUCGAGCGACGAGUGCUUAAGAUUGUUCAUCUACACCUCUUUCAAGUGACCCAAACUAAAAAUGAAUGAAAUUUUAUUACAAUUUGGAGAAAAACGAAUAUUAAUGUCGGAGGACACGAUGGCUCUUACGGCUUUUUGAAAACUCACCCGAGAUAUAUACUAUAUAUGUAUACUAAGACGAUUCGAAUUUAAUUCCGAUUGAGUUGAUUGCUAGGUUGACUGGGUAGUACAGCGUAAAAGGGCAUCUUUUAUUACGUAACGCAGUUGGUGGUGUGGGGGGUUCGUACGAGUUAUAUAUAUAUACGAUAUAUAUUAUUUUUUGAUCAAAUUUUCGUACAAAUCAACAACAAUUACAAGUUUGAUAGUCAAACUAUACUUAAAAGCUAGUUUUGUCAUUUGUUUUUGCAAAACCGAAACGAACUUGGAAACGAAAGUGCCAAAAAUAUUCGUAAUUACCUUUUGCCUCUUGGUGGCGCUUUGUAUUAGUAUGUGUGUGGUCGAUGUUUGCGGACGUGCACGCAGAACACAGAACAGUUAGAACUAGCGAAAAUGCCUCACAUUCUUUCUUUUAUUACGUAACGCAGUUGGUGGUGUGGGUUGAGUAUUUUUUUGAAAUUUGUAUGGACAUUUUAAACGAAGGGCGAGGGGGUCAAAAAUCCAAAUUUUAGCAUUACGUAAUAAAAGAAGUGUACAUAAAUGAGCAGACAUUCGUUGGUUGGUUUCCAGCCGAGUUCUAACACAGUUUCCAUUUUCUUAUAGAAUACCAACAGAAAUGUAGCGACAUUCUAGCAGGAUUCUUACAGAACCAGCUCUGCUAAAAUAUUUCGUGGCAGGGCAACGUUAUUGCUUCACCGAGUAACAGCAUUAAACUUUUUCUAGUUCAACUAUGAUUACACAAAAGUGUGUAAUCCUAAUCGAAGAUACUGCCCAGUCAACUCAAUCGGAAUUCUGAAACGGAAUUAAGUUCGGUUGUUGCGUUUGAAACGGAAUACUUAAACGAUUCGAAAUGAAUUCCGUUUCAAAAUUCCGAUUGAGUUGACUGGGUAUAAAUAACAUUUUGGACAGUCUAACUAACCACAUCGGUGUUAUUAAUUUGGCGAAAUAUCUCCCCUUCUACAAUGGACGUUUCAUAACUAAUGUAAUGUUUUUAUAAUUAAUAACAAAAACAAAGUAAUAACACUAGUUAAUGGUCUUAUGUUAUUUAUGUUAGGGGGUCUAGACAUCCGAUUUGUUGCGUUACAUAAAAAAAUAACGCUCCCUUAGGCUUAACUAAUUUGCAUAACUAUUUUGACGGCUGUGAAACCCGCCUUACCUUACCUUCUUUACAGCACGAUAAAUUGAAGAACUAAACAAAAAUCUGGAGUUUACUAAGACGUAAUGCUAAAGGGUAAAGGGGAAUCUUAUAGAGUUAUCUACGUGCGCAUGUAUUGCGUGUACGUACACGAAACAGAUUUAGGUUAAAUUUUGUACCGCCCAGCAAAACAAAUGGUGUGCUAGUGUGCGUGAGCUCAGCCUUAGAUAACUCUAUUGAGCUGACAAAAACUUUAGGUUUUCAGCAAAAUUGAUAUAAGUCAUGAAGAAUUUGUUAAACAAAUAUACAGAUGAUUGUGAAAUAUUAAAAAGAUGUAUAUACAUAAUUUAUGUUAUUUAUGUUAUUUAUGUUAUUUAUGUUAUUUAUGUUAUUUAUGUUAUUUAUGUUAUUUAUGUUAUUUAUGUUAUUUACGUUAUUUAUGUUAUUUAUGUUAUUUAUGUUAUUUAUGUUAUUUAUGUUAUUUAUGUUAUUUAUGUUAUUUAUGUUAUUUAUGUUAUUUAUGUUAUUUAUGUUAUUUAUGUUAUUUAUGUUAUUUAUGUUAUUUAUGUUAUUUAUGUUAUUUAUGUUAUUUAUGUUAUUUAUGUUAUUUGUGUUAUUUAUGUUAUUUAUGUUAUUUAUGUUAUUUAUGUUAUUUAUGUUAUUUA